AUGUGAAAUUUGGUGUCAACACAUCUUUUUGCCUGGAAAUGUCCUGAACCUUAACCCUCUCCUCUCUUCUCAAGAAAACGCUUCUUCUUCUUCUUCUUCUUCUUCUUCUUCUUAAUCAAUCACUCUAAAAUCCCAUUUCUGCAAAAUUCUCUCUGUUUCUAGAUUUGCUGAAUCAAAGAAAAACCCCAUAGUUACAUUCAGCAUCGUCGCUUUGAUUUCCUUGAUUGGUAAUGGGGCCAGGAGUGGCCUUGUCUGGCGCUGCAAAACAGGCCGAACUUCUCAGAAAAGAUGGCAACCACUAUUUUCAAAAGGGUCGAAUUGGAGCUGCCAUUGAAGCUUAUACCGAGGCGAUUACACUAUGCCCGAAUGUUCCUGUUUAUUUGACGAACCGUGCUUUGUGUCAUCGCAAGCGGAAUGAUUGGAAGAAGGUGGAGGAGGACUGUCGGAGGGCUAUUCAGCUUGAUAGCAGUUCUGUCAAGGCACAUUACAUGUUAGGAUUAGCAUUAAUACAAAACAAAGAAUAUCCGGAAGGAAUCAAGCAUUUAGAGAAGGCUUUGGAUCUUGGUAGGGGUGCAAAUCCGAAGAGUUAUAUAGUAGAGGAGAUAUGGCAGGAACUUGCUAAAGCAAAAUACAGGGAGUGGGAACAAGCGUCUACCGAACGUUCAUGGGAAUUGCAGACAUUGAAAGAAGCUUGUGAGGCUGCCCUUGAACAAAAAUACUUUCUUGACCAGUCUGAACUAGAAGGGUUCGUAGAUGAAGCCGAAAUUGCUCAUCGGAAUCAAUUAAAAUCGCUAAGAAGUGUGUUUGAAAAAGUUGCCGAGGCAGAUGCGCCGUCAGAGGUACCUGAUUAUCUUUGUUGUAAAAUCACACUUGAUAUUCUUCGCGACCCUGUUAUUACUCCGAGUGGGGUUACGUAUGAGAGAGCAGUGAUUCUUGACCAUUUUCAUAAGGUUGGUAACUUUGAUCCCAUAACACGGGAGCUGCUUGACGAGUCCCAGCUAGUACCAAACUUAGCCAUCAAGGAAGCAGUACAAUCAUUUCUAGAUAAGCAUGGAUGGGCUUAUAAUACAGUUUAAGGAAACUUGUAUUUUGAAUGGGAACUCAAUCAAGUUGAUGGUUAUGCCUGUCGUGAACGAAUGGAAAUACCUCAAUCCCAUGUCGCUAAUGUCGUGAUUAUCUCCUCGAUUCUUGUAUAUGGAUCGUCGAUUACGGUUUGUCAUAUAUCAUGCUUUCCAUGACAUUCUGAGGCUGUACUGUCAAUUAAGUAUGUGAGGUCCUGUCUUCUGAUUUGGUCUUGUGCAGAUUGUUACUAUGAACUUGUUAAUCUUCCUGUACAGUUAUUACUUAAACCUUUGAUUAUGGUUUAGUUAUUGAGGACUCUGUUCAGCAGGUA